GUGGGUGGACAGCAGUUGUUGGUAUGUGAGUGAGAGAAGGGGUUAAGAGAUAACGCAAUACACACAAGAGAAGAGAAAGAAGCAAUGGCUGGUUGCGCUGUAUCAUUUGGGAAUAGCUUCGCUGUGUGCGCAGUCGCACACAAGAGAACCACCAGACCCUCCUCCUCAACCGAGCUUGGGUUCGUGACCUCACAGUUGAGCGGCCUCAGAAUCUGUUGCAACCCUUCACCCAAAUUCCCUACACCUAUUGUUGCUUCUCCAUUUCAACCACUUGCUCGGAGAGUGUGUCCCUUUACUGGAAAGAAAGCAAACAGGGCCAACAAAGUGUCUUUUUCAAACCAUAAGACAAAGAAACUGCAGUUUGUAAACCUUCAGUACAAGAGACUUUGGUGGGAAGCUGGGAAGCGUUUUGUAAAGCUUCGUUUGUCAACUAAGGCAUUAAAGACUAUAGAGAAGAAUGGACUUGAUGCAGUUGCAAAGAAGGCAGGAAUUGAUCUUAGGAAGAAAUAAGAGUACCCAAUUAUGAUUGCAAUCGAGUGGAAGAAUAUAUUCAUGUUCAUUGUUAUUAUUUGUAGAUUAUUCUUUUUGAUAUAUUGUUUAAGGUUAAUUCUGGCUAUGGUCAAAAGCAACAUGUAUUGGUGAAGAAACAAAAUAUUGUGAGAUCAUGAGCUUACCAGGCCAUUAAUCUCUCGAAUGGAAAACUCUUUGAUAACUCCCUUAGUGCUAAGAAUGACCAUAUGUAUCAUAGGAUCAUUAGGAGCAUUA